AUGACCCGGAUUAAACUAAUUUACGAAACACCUACUAGUUCUAUUGCCAUCACCCUUGAUAUCAACAAAUCAGUAGAGACUACUAUUGAAGCUCUUCGCUCUGCAUUAGAUAGUAUUGAAAAUGAUAAUGCUUGCUGGGUGCGGGUAUCUGAAGAAGAAGAUGAACCCCUGACAACCGCUUGUUCACAGCAGAAACGACAGGAGGACAGUUCAGCUCACUCGUCCAACCUGGGCUUGUUUAUAUCUUACGCGGACAUGAAG